AUGGAGGCUGUCUCUGCUGCAUCGUCACAAUCACUACCGUCACCACCGUCAACUCCAUCUGCGAGAUCGCUGUCUCGACGGCUUACUUCCCUGGGAGAAGAAGUCUUACGGCGAGCACUCUAUUCGCCUCAGUCUAUUAGUGUCUAUCAGCAUGCCCGUAGAGCUCUCGCUUUUGGAGCCUACAGCAAUCUUCUGCUCAUAAUUCUACCACUUGGUAUUGUGGGAGGUCUACUGCACUGGCAUGUUCUUCUAGUAUUCAUUCUCAACUUUCUGGCUGUCAUUCCACUGUCAGCGCUUCUAUCAUAUUCAUCCGAAAAGUUAUCCGACCAUGUGGGUGACUUGCUCGGAAGCUUGCUCAAUGCUACUUUUGGUAAUUCGGUGGAAUUAGCCGCUGGUAUUAUGGCGGUUGUCAGAGGACGCGCCGACAUUGCACAAUCGAUCAUGAUUGGGAGCAUUUUGUCAGAUUUACUUUUGGUUCUAGGUUUUUGCAUGAUUUCGGCUUCAUGGGGUAGAAAUCUGUCACCGUUCAAUGCCGCUGUGGCCGACACCUUAUCCUCCCUGAUGAUCAUCGCGACAAUGGCAAUCAUCUUACCCACAGCGCUUGCCUCGACUUUGACAGCUGGCCAUUCGCAAGUGACGGCCAGGAUUGUGACAUUCUCGCGCGGGACCGCCAUCAUCCUGCUGGUGAUGUACGUCUGUUAUAUUUAUUUUCAGAUGAAAACACACGCCCACCUCUUUGAAAGGGCAGACAACGACCAUGAGAGCAACACAGCCCCUCUUUCUUCACAGCCUGCACCACAUGCGAACAUUUACAUUCUCAUACUGAUCUUGAUCGCAUCUUCGACCGGAGUUGUUGUAUGCACCUAUUUCGUGUUCCAGAGUAUGGCCGGCGCCGCUCACACCGCACAUGUUUCCAUCUCCUUUAUCGCGACCAUCCUGAUCCCCAUUGCAAGCAACAGCCCCGAGGGUUCUGCCGUAAUUGCGGCGUCACAGCGGGGCGAUAUCGACUUUGCGAUUAGCGUUAUUGUCUCUAGCAUCUUGCAGAUCAGCCUCUUCGUUAUCCCAUUCUUGGUUAUACUCGGGUGGUUUGCCCAUCAACAAAUCACUCUGAGGUUCGACUCAUUCAACACCAUGAUACUCUUCUUCUCCGUUUUGGCAGUGAGCUAUAUGCUGCGAGAAGGGCGAUAUACGUACAUCCACGGAGUUAUGCUUGUUGGGCUGUGA